GAGAGGCCUAGAGGAGAGGCAGAGAAGGGGAGUUGGGGUGACCUCACAAAGAAAGGGGAGUGGAUGUUGGACAGGGUGUCCCAGAGAUGUCCCUGGCGCUGGGAGCUGGGAACGGGGGAAAGGGCUAGCUUGAACCCUGGCCAAAAAGAAGGGAAGGGUGCCAGGCAAAAGGGGUGAAUGGCUGCCGGAGCUGGAGAAGAGCUACAGGGAGGAGCUGGGACUGGCUGACGCAGGGGUCUAAGGAGUCUGGGGGUACGAAGCUGAGGGGCAGGGCGCGGGAGCUGGCCUUGGACCAGGGCAGGUGAGGCAAAGGGUGGAGGGCAGCCGGGAGCAACUGUGGAGCAGGGGCAGGGACGGACGCUCCCCCCGUGUGUCUGCUGCUCCGACAGUAACGGAGAUGGAUGGGGUAGGGGAAACGCAGCGCGCGUGGCCCCGGGCGGCUCAUCGCUCAGCCGCCGCCCCCGCAGCAGAGAGGUCGGGGCGGGGGUCCGGCCGCAGAUAAAGGCGAGCGGGGGACAAGGGCGGCCGCGGCAGCAGCAUGAGCGGGACAGACCUGAGUCACGCUGCGGGCGCGGCCCCCGACCCAGACCCGGGCCGGGCGGCAGUCGCCUCGGCCUACCAGCGCUUCGAGCCCCGCGCCUACCUCCGCAACAACUACGCGCCCCCUCGGGGGGACCUGAGCAGCCCCGACGGCGUCGGGCCUUGGAAGCUGCGCUGCUUGGCGCAGACCUUCGCCACCGGUGAGGUGUCUGGACGCACCCUCAUUGACAUUGGUUCAGGCCCCACUAUAUACCAGCUGCUCAGCGCCUGCGCCCACUUUGACGACAUCACCAUGACAGAUUUCUUGGAGGUGAACCGCCAGGAGCUGGGGCUCUGGCUGCGAGACGAGCCUGGGGCCUUCGACUGGAGCGUGUACAGCCGGCAUGUCUGUCUCAUUGAGGGCAAGGGUGAAUCCUGCCAAGAGAAGGAGUGCCAGCUGCGAGCCAGGGUGAAGCGGAUCCUGCCCAUCGACGUGCACCAGCCCCAGCCCCUGGGCGCUGGGAGCCUGGCGCCCCUGCCUGCCGAUGCCCUGGUCUCCGCCUUCUGCCUAGAGGCUGUGAGUCCGGACCUUGCCAGCUUCCAGCGGGCCCUGGACCACAUCACCACACUGCUGAGGCCUGGGGGGCACCUCCUCCUCAUCGGGGCCCUGGAGGAGUCAUGGUACCUGGCUGGGGAGGCCAGGCUGGCAGUGGUGCCAGUGCGUGAGGAGGAGGUGAGGGAGGCCCUGGUGCGUAGCAGCUAUGAGGUGAGGGAUCUGCGCACCUACAUCAUGCCUUCCCACCUUCAGACAGGCGUAGAUGACGUCAAGGGCAUCUUCUUCGCCUGGGCCCGGAAGAAGGUGGGGGUGUGAGGCCCCAGUGCGCACAGUGCCGGCGGCCCUCCCCCGCCUAGAUGCCCUGUUAUCUGAGGUGGCACCUA